AUGCAUUUGAUAGUAGUGGCUCUAUUAAUAAUUCAUCUAUCUCUAGCAACACCGCCAGCAUGUUUUUUGGGCUGCAUAAAUGUAAUAGCGCAUAUAUGUCCAAGGCAGCGUAGUGAUCUAGAGUGUCUUUGCAGACAUUCCAGAAUAGCUAUGGAUUGCAUAGCGAACCUGUGCUGGGGAGUAAGUUAUUACAGUUCUCAAGACCAUUUCAGAGGAACAUGCAUGGAGCAUGGGUUUGAUUUUGGAGAGAUGAAAAGCUUUCAUCACUUUGUGAACGUGCAACCAGCAAACUCUGACAAUGAUGAACUUAGAGAAGACUGGCCAAGCGGGAAUCUGAAAACUCCAAACAUUGAAGAAGUCAUCUAUGAUACAGAUUAUGACAGUGAUUUUGAUCAAUUUGAGGCACAAGAUGAGUAUUCUACCGAUGAAGACGAUAAGUUUGCACCAGAGAUUUUUAGGCAGCACAAACCACAUUAUGCAACUUCGGAGAACCUCUCAUGGGAAGCAUUCGACCAAUUCGACGCAGAGGCUUUGGAAGAACAUCUUCUUGACUUGCCAAUUGAGUCUUUGACAGAGGUAUACCAAGCUGCUCCGGACUAUUGCCACGAUGUCCGAGGAUACUCAGACAACUCCGCAGACUGUCUGAAUACCUGGCAAUACUCCAAGACUUUGCCAGUGUCAUCCAAGUAUCUUGAGCGUUUUUACAUACCAUAUAGCCAUUUCGCAGAUAUGAGACGUGGCACCGAGAGUCAUACAAAGACAAUGAGCAAGGCAGCUGAUGGAACAAACUCAAAGCAGGUCAAUUCGGAGCCACUCAUGCAAAUUAUUCGAACGGUCGAGGCUAGACCUCUUACACGGCCCACAAGCUACUGGUGA